UAGCAGCUGAGUGAAAUCAGUUGUUAAGUGAUGCCCAACCAGAAUGCAGUCUAGUAAGAUUUCGGACGUAACGAUUCCUCUGGUAUCCAGAGAGACUCAGCUUUCGUUUAAUGGUCUCACGUAUUCCGCUUCUCGAGUGAAGCCGAUUUUGGACAAUAUCUCAGGAACGUUCCGUUCUGGGAGGCUAACGGCCAUCAUCGGACCAUCCGGUGCUGGAAAAUCAAGCUUGUUGAAUGCUUUGAGCGGAUUAAGGGCAAAAGGUGUCCACGGAACGAUCUUGAUCAACAAUGAGAUUCAGGAUCAGCAGCAAUAUCGCAGACUAGUGACCUACAACACACAAGAAGUCGCAUUGCUUCCGAAUCUUACCGUUCGAGAAACCCUGGAAUAUGCCGUCGAUCUACGUACUCGAUCAUCUUCAACCAAGAAGCGGAAGAUCGUUCAGGAUAUCAUCACCGUGCUGGCACUCCAGAAAUGCAUCAACACUCAAGCUCGGCAGCUUUCCGGUGGUGAGCGGAAGCGACUCUCGAUCGGACAGGACUUGAUAUCGAACCCGAAGAUCAUGCUGUUUGAUGAACCUACCAGCGGGCUGGACAGCGAAUCUUCGUAUCAGAUGGUUUCGUACCUGAAGGAGUUGACGAAGCAAGAUCGUUGCGUCAUCAGUGUGAUUCAUCAGCCAAGUUCGGAUCUGCUGGAGUUGUUUGACGAUCUGUACGUUCUGUCCGAUGGAAAGUGCAUGUACAGUGGUAGUCUGCAUGAUUUGAUCCCUUGGUUUGAGUCCGUGGGACUCGUCUGUCCGCAGUACUACAAUCGUGCGGACUUUGUCGUCAAACUAGCUUCAACGAGUAACCCAGACAAGAGUAAGAUCUACCAACUAAUGUACCAAAUGGAGUCCGUGAACAAGGAUAAACCACAAGCACUGUUGCCCAGCGAAAAGAACCGUCCCAAAGGCAGACAGUACCCCACGUCAGCGUUCAACCAGUUCUUCACCCUAACUCGACGCACCACUCUGGGAACCAUCCGGAAUUUUUCCCUCUCCGUGCUACGAUUCAUUGGCCUUAUAAUCUUCAGCCUGUUCAUGGGAUUAAUCUACCGCGAUAUCGGAAAAGACGCAUCCAACAUCAUCUCCAACACCGCCUUCAUCAACCUCAGUCUGGCCAACAUAGUUUUCGUCAAUUCCGUCGCCGUAAUCCUAAGCUUCCCAACCGAAGCGUCGGUCUUCCUGCGCGAGUACCGUGCCAACUGCUACUCGGUCGCGGCCUACUACUGCUCCAAACUAUUCGCCGACUUUAUCCCCAUGAUGGCGGGCAACUGUUGCUUCUUCGCGAUUGGUUACUUCCUAACCGGUCAACCGGCGGAACUGGAACGCUUCCUAGGCUACGGGCUCGUGGUCCUGCUGAUGGGGUGGUUCGCACAGAUCUACGGAAUCUGCAGUGGGUGUGUGUUUUCGAUUGAAAUUGGAACGUUUUUGAUGCCGAGUUCGCUGCUGCCGAUGUUGCUCUUUGGAGGGUUCUUCAUCCGGUUCGAUGAGUUGAGUGUGGCGCUGAAGCCGCUGGUUUACACGUCUCCGUUUGGGUACGCUUUCAAGGCGAUCGGACAGGCACUUUACGGGAACAAUCGGACGGAUGUUGGGUGCAGUGAGGGGGGUGAAUGUUUUUAUACGAGUGGGGAAGAUAUUUUGAAAAUGUUGGAUAUGGAAAAUGUGAGUUAUUGGAAUGAGGUAUCGGGAUUGGGUAUCAUUAUAGUUGUGCUGCAUGUUAUACUUUUUAUUUGUUUACUUAUUAAAGUUAAGUAGCUUGGGCAUGUUGUUCAAUAGUACUUCUUUCUUGUGAUGUCAUCAUGUACAAAAGUUCAUUUUUUCAUUUAAGAUUAGAGGUGGGCAACAAA